GGAGCCCCCCUUCACUGCACACGAAUAUUAUCGACCUUGUGCACGAAGUAGCUUAAUAGCUGGUUUCUGAAGUGUGCCGUCCUUCAUUUUUGGAGCCCAACUUCUCCCUCUCGGCACAUCCAGAAGCACGACUUAACCAGCCACUACCAUGGAAGGCCCUGAGAUUUCGUCGCAGGUGGUGGGCUGGGCAUCCUUCCUGGUAACAGCAUUGGGUUUGGGCGGUUUGAUCACCCAGGCGAAUGCUAUCAACGACAAGCUGGAUCCAUUUCACGAAUCUCGCACUGUUGAGUACCUGGGCAUCUGGUUCCAACGUCAGGACCCUUUCCCCUGGUGGACCAUCACCAAGCCGCCGCCCCAUGGGCCGCUCAUCUCGGCAAGCAUGGCCGGCGGGUUCUGCGCAAUGCCCAACAUUUACAUCACGCGCAUCCCCUUGCUGAGCCCUGGUAAGGCUGGGUGGUCCAUGAUCAUGUCCAUGUUCAAUCCAGAGCCACCAUCGCGCGGAACUACAGUGGCGACAACGAUAGAGACUGGCAUCACGAAUGACGAGGAAAAGGCUAUCCCGCAGCCAGGCAGCAUGUCCCACGUACAUGCCGAUUCAUACGCAGCGUCCAGUAGAACGGAUGCUUGGGCUCAUCUCAAGCGCCAGCGGCUGAGCCGGCACAAAUCCAGUGCUUGUGCCGUCAUUUCGCGAACCACACUCAUCACCAUGCUUGUCGCUACAAACGGUCGAGCUGUGUUCCACUACACAGACGCAUCAGGUCUACGUUCUGGCUACGCCUCGUACUGUGGUCAGUGGUACAUCACCUGGCCUAUUGGCGAGGAAGCUUUGGUCAAAUUCGCUCCUCACGACUCAAUCGGAGCCUCCGAGGUCCUACCCCGGUCAUUUGCACAGCGUAUCGAACGGUGUGGGGAGAUUGUGUGCGGCGUUGUGUCUUCAAAAGCCUCAGGUCUCAAUGUAGCCUUCUGUGGCCGUAAGAGUCCUGGUAUCUACUGCCUGCGACAUCUCGAGAAAGGCUUCCAAGGCGCCCAUGGAAGCAGACAUCUCUAUAACAUGCUUGGUGGGAAAGCGUUCCAGGUUGACUUCAUGGCUGCACGAAAACUCCUCAGCGACGACGAGGUGCCGGAUGGGACACUUGUCCUGGCGUUGCCCAGCACAGAAGCCAAGGCCGUCGUCCAGAUGGCGGUUCCACUUGGAGAGCAGGAGCUUAUCCGUCACGCACUCGAUUGCCUACCGUGGACAGCGUUAUCGUGGAGUAUCCAUCGGGGCAUGCGUGACGUCCUCACAGCUUUUGGCAAGCCCGUUAUGGACAAGUUUCGUGGCGAGCUGGCUGCCAUUUUGCGCAGAGCAGUAACGGACCAUGCCGAGAAGCUGGACGCGCGAGGAUGGGAUCCCGAAUUUGUGCGAAGCAGCAUGGCACACAUGGCAAGCUCGGCAGUGCUUGCUGGGGAAGGUAACUCGGGUGAUGCUGUGCGGGUUGUGUCAGACAUUGUGGUGGUUCUGGUCGGCGAGGAAUGGGACGCGGCCAGGUUUGAUUGCGUGAACUUCUGGCGCAAGGACCCUGGCGAGCGCACACUGGACCAUGAGGGGAUCGUGGCCCUGACCAAGAUGUUUGUGCUCGAGUGGAGCAUCGAGUUUGACUAUCAGAUGUACCACAACCUCCCAAUGAGCCUGUAUUUUGGGUAGAGCUAGACCAAGACACAGGCUCGGCCCGUCCCGCCAAGACUCUAGGCAAGACAAUCCCCAAGUGUGGCAGAAACACAGCAACGG